AGGACAUUGACAUUUGCAGUGCUCGCGUGGGGUUUGCAGGAAUUGCUUAGAGACUAGUAUUUGUUUUAUGGAAAAAUACAUUAUAAUAUAUUUCAUGGAAUUCUAGUGAAAAUUCUUUUUUAUACACUAUAUGGUAAUUUAUAAAUAUUUCUAUAAACUUUGCAAAGUUAGUGUAAUGGAGUUAUAUUAACUAAAACAAGGAUUUAAGUGAUUUGUAUUUCAAUGUUUUUGGCGGGUGCAUUAUGUUCAGAACGUUUUAUUUAUGAUAAACUGUGUCCUUAGUGAAUAUUUUUGUGCUUUUAAAUCAUCUCAAACAAAUAGUGAUAUUUUACGAGAUCUACUACGUGAUUUAGUGAACUUAGAGAGAAAUCCAAAACGAUGGAAACUGGUUCAGCGUUAUCUAAAGUUGAAUCACAUUCAGAAGAUGACCUCACUAAUUUAUUGGGCGCAGAUAUAAUAACUAAGGAUUGGAUACUAAUGAACUCACCAGUUCCCAUAGUAGUGAUCAUCGGCAUCUAUUUGGUAAUCAUUUUGAAGAUAGGUCCAGCCUACAUGGAUAAAAGAGAACCUUACGACAUGAAGACUGUUAUGCGACUUUAUAACAUUUUUCAAGUUAUUUACAACAGCGGUUUAAUUUUAAUACCGUUUUAUUAUUACUACGAACACAUACCAUAUUGUGUGGCCAUCAGUUGUAGAAUUCCGACCGAGUAUGAUGAAAACAUCAAUGAAUUGAAAAACAUGUACCUCAUACUGUUUUGGAACUUCUUGAUUUUGAAAAUCGUCGACCUUUUAGAUACGGUAUUCAUGGUGAUGCGGAAGAAAAAUUCACAUAUAACCUUUCUUCAUGUAUACCACCAUGUGGCUAUGGUAGUAUUCACUUGGUUUACGGGAAAGUAUAUAAAAUCACAUCAAGCAGUAUUUCCGGGCUUCAUUAAUAUAUUAGUCCACGCUAUAAUGUAUAGUUAUUACUUCCUUGCAACGUUUGGACCAUCUGUAAGAAAAUAUCUUUGGUGGAAAAGACACCUUACUAAACUUCAGCUGGCUCAAUUUGCAGUAGUUAUGUUGUAUAUUUUCCUUCUCUACUACAAUGGAUGUCCUAUCUCCAGAGUUUUCACGUAUAUCUGGCUCUUCAAUGUCUUCAUCUUUCUAUGCCUAUUUGCAAAUUUUUAUGUAAAAGCAUACAUUUUAAAAUCCUCAAAACAAACAAAGUCCUUAUAGCAACAUAUUUUUAAUUAAUUAAACACUGUGAUACAA